UUCCCGACGGAGGCCAAUCUUUCGGCAGCUGUUUGUCGGAACAGAGUUAUCUUCUCUUGUGAGCCAAAAAGCGGGAUAAAUGAACACAAACGCCACCAGUUCGAGACGGAAAUGCUUUUCCAGAUCCAGAAAGUCCAGUAAAACAAGUAUUUGAGUCCGUGGGAGAUUGAGUAUCGCCGCCGUCAACCAAGUGUCAUCUGGUUGUUGUAGACUUUAGUGAACGUAGCAAGAUUCUUGCUUACUCGUUGUGACCUUAUUGUGAAAACCAAUCUCCUGUAUUUCGACCGAUCUUGUUGAUCUGUCGGAGUAACACUCAAAAUCAAGUUUCGAUUUAAAUUGAGCCACUUCACGUAAACCAUCGAAAGAUGUCAUCCUCCAAGCCUGCCCCGGCUCCCGCCAACAAACCUCAUUCAGUUUUGCCUUUGUGGAUGCGACAAAGCCUCGAACACCUCAGCAUGAAAACCAAUCUGGAGGACUACGGAACUUCCCCACCGGAAAACGAGAGUCUCUUCCUGCAUGAAGGGAAACUCACCAGUUACACAUCAAGCUUGACCGCUCAGCCUCCAAAAGCGGAAAGUGUCCCUCCAGCGAAAACUUCAUCUUUAGUUUUCAAAGCUAAAGAACUGGCACCGCGAGUCCCGCGCAACUUGACAGCCGCACCGCAAUCCUCCAUCAUGGUCGGAGAUCAGGUCUGCCCGAGCAGCGCUCCGCAAUCCGCGGCAACAACACCCUCCGUUUCACCUCAACAGAGCCCCACUCUGAUCCGAAAAAUCCUCUCAUCAGACUCUCACUGCAAAGCCGGAUCGAAAUUAUCCGACGGUGCUAGAAAAGUUCUCGUCGUGCCGGUUACGCGCGUGACCAACUUCGACUUGAACGCCGUAUCACCAACGUCGUGGUGAAAACACAAUAGGAACCAAUGGAUCGGUUACGCCUCAAUUAGUUAUUCAUUCGAUCGUUGGCUUUACAUGUAUUCGCGAAUUCGUUAUCGGAGAUCAGACACGCUCUGACCGAAUCUCUGUGAGAUCGUAGCCGAAAGUAUUCGGUUGAAUCUCCGUUAGUGAUGCGGCGUGACAUCUUCUGAGUUCCGGUCGCGACCACCAGACUUGAAUCCUUGUGUUUUGAUUCUCGAAAGCAACGCCUCCACGAAGAAUUCAUUCUUUGAGCUCUUAAAAUAGGAUUUGUGUUUGGAGCCAACUAAUUGAUGCGCCGUGACCCUUCCAUCGAACACAACCCAAUGCGCAUUACCUGAUAUUAAGUUCUUCCCUAUCCGCCUUUGUUUCAAUACAAGCGCAAACAAAAACAUUCAAACGUCAGUGUAUCAUAAUAUCGGGGUUUCGAUUGAAUGAUCGUCUGACCGACAUGAUCAUAUCCGAAAAACGCAUCCGAAACGGCGAAGAUAAUCAUUCCAGACGGAGGAGCCACUCACCAUAGUUCCAUUAUAUCAUUGAGAUGAAAAUAAUAGGCAACGAUGUCAAGAUACCAAGUUCUUCUGCGAGCUAACUUCUGCGUCCGGCAUGUCCGCUGUGGCGUUUACUUCUUCACCUUUAGAUAUGUAUUCUUGGAAAUAAACUUUAUACUCUUCU